CUCGCCCCGUCUGUGUGUUGGUGAUUUUGCAAAAAAAACCCGUGCACGCGCAGAGACGGGCAGCCCGGCGCCUCCCGACGCGACGAGUUCAUCCCGUUCUCCCAGGUGGAGUCGACGCGAGCCCACGCGCUGUAGAGCGCCGUCAUCCCCAGGCGACGGGCGAACGGAUCCCGCGUGCGGCCGCGCUCGCCCACAAAUUUCCCAGGCAACCACGCGCGCUGUUCUCCCGCGCUCUGCUCGCGACUUGCCCCAAAUUUCUUCGCCCGCCCAUCUGCGCGGCCGCCAUCUGCUCGCCCCCCAUCUGGUAUUCUCGCCGGAGUUGGUGCGGCGGGAUGUCCACGCCCGGCGCAGCUUGGAGAAGGAAUGGAUCGAGGACAUUGGAUGCGGCGGCGACGGCCCCAGGCCGAACCCUAGGUGUCGGGGCGGCGGCGGCGGCUCCCUCAUUCGGUCGGGGUUCUUUUGGUCACGCUGUCGGGCUACCACCGCCGCCCCGUUCUCGCGGACACGGUCGCGGGUCAGUAGCGGCAGCGACGACCGUCCCGGCUUUCUCCAUUGAUGGUUCUGUCGGAGGUGACUUCACCAGCUCAAUUGGUCCCCAUGCAUCGUCUCAACCUUGGUUUGAUGCGGCCGGCGGUGAUCCCUCAUCUCCUGGAUCAUGGGACCAAGAUGUACGUCCACCUGGUGGUUUCAUGAGCUAUUUUGGAAAUGAAGCACAGAACUCUCAUUUGGUUGGUGCAGUUAUUCACAUGAGUCCUCUGAAUCAGGCACACAAUGGUAGUUCACCGCCCGAAGUGGAAAUAUUACAUGGCAAUGACAGUGUUAGAACCGAGAAGAGGAUCAUGUGGACUCCGGACGAGGAUGUUAGAGUGAUGAGCGCUUGGUUAGAACAUUCAACCGACUUUACCUGUGGUGCGGAUAAGGGUGGUGUCCAAUAUUGGGGUGAGGUUGUCGAAACGUACAACAAAACUACCCCUCCACUUCGAAGAAGAAAUGCGAAGCAAUGCAAGGAUAGAUGGAACAAGAUUAAUAAAUGGACAGACCUCUUUGAAUGUGCUUACGCUAAGGCUCGUAGAGUAUUUACAAGUGGAUAUUCGGCUGAAAUGUGGCUUGAUGCAGCACACAAGUUCUAUGUGGAUGACAACAAAGAAUGCAAAGACGUGGUUGGACCUUAUAUGCUGACAGAGGUUUGGAAAAUUUGCCGAGAUGUGCCAAAGUGGAAAACAUAUAAUGAAAACCUGAAGAAUGCACGUAAAAGGAAAGCAUUCCAUCUGGAAGGAGAAUCUGAGGAAAAUGAGGACACUUGUGAUCAGAUGCCACAACGACCAAUUGGUCAGAAGGCAGCUAAAAAGGCAGCUCUAGCUGCUAAAAAUGGCAAGUUAAAGGGUUCCAGCAGUAGUGAUGAUGGUCACUCAAAGGAUUCUCCUAUUGAGCUAGACAAAUUUGAUAGAUACAGUAAAUUUUAGGAGGCAAACAAUGAGAAGCGUAUGAAGCUAUUGGACAGGCAAGAGAAGAUAGCUUCUGAGAAGCUAGAGGCCACAAAAAUUGCCCACCUUACAGCACAAGAGUACAAAGAAGGAAAGAAGCUUGAUAAAGAGACAAAGAUGAUGGAGACUUAUAACAACCUCGUUUCACAGGAUACAAGUUCAAUGUCCGAUGAGGAAAAGGCACAGCGAGCUAUGAUGAUGAAGUGUCUUAUGAAGGCCCUUUUUCCUGAAACUGUUUGAGAAGGUAUUUCUUAUCUGUGUAGUUCUGAAAUUUAGCACUUGUAGUUCUGAAAUUUAGCACUUGUAGUAGCCAUAUAUGAACCUCAGCCAGUUCUGGUAUGAAGAUAUGAAGUUUCUGCUUAUUUAGUAUUCUGUGACAAACUUGUUAAAUUCUGAAAUUCUGUGACAAACUUGUUAAAUUUAGCACUUGUAGUAGCCAUAUAUGAACCUCAGCCAUAUAUGUUCAGUUUUCUGCUCAUUCAUGCUUUUUUUUUCUGAAAUUCAGUUUUCUGCAUAUUCAGUAGCCAUAUAUGAACCUCAGCCAUAUAUGUUCAGUAUCAAUGUUCAGUAUACUGGUAGUUUUGCCGUGUUUUCCCUUACUCAGUACCCAGCCAUAUAUGAACCUCAGCCAAAUUCAGUUUUCUGCUUAUUCAGUACCCAUAUAUGUUCAGUUCUCCCUUACUCAGUUUUGCUCUAUAGGCCAUAAUGUAAAUUCUGAAAUUAUGGUAUCCUGGUAGUUUCAGUUUCAGGUAUCCUGGUAAUUAAAUUCUGAAAUCCAAUUAAAUGUGAAACUGCGCAUGAUUUUCUAAAUGGUAAUGACAGUGCUUUGUGAACUUGACACUGUGUGUGUGAACUGAAACUGAUCGCAGAGGAUGAUAUUUUUAGUGUGAACUGAAACUGAAACUGUGUGUGUGAACUGAAACUGUGCUUUGUGAACUUGAAUGUGAACUGAAACUGCGCAUGAUUUUCUGAAUUGUGUGUGUGAACUUGAAUGUGAAUGGAAUGGUCAUCUUUUUAGUGGUGCCGGAGUUGAUCAGUUUUCUGAAAUUCAAUGCUGAACUUGAAUGUAAAUGUGAAUGGUCAUCUUUUAAGUGGUGCUGGAGUUGAUCAGUUGAUCAGUUUAGCCGCUGUAGUGCGACGUUGAUCUUUUUAGUAGCUUGAAUGUGCCACUUGAAUGUAAAUGUAAAUGCUGAAUUUGAAUGUAGCUUGAAUGCUAGUAGUUGAUCAGUUUAGUGGUGCCGAUCAGUUUUUGUAAAUAUGAAUGGUCAUAUUUUUUUAUUCUAUAAAACAUCGUUGUUCUGUGCGCUCCUCUGUACACUACUCCACCAUCCAAACACUUGCAUCAAACAAGGUGUAUCGUAACUCUUUGAAUGGAGCCGCACGAAGAAGAUGAAGUCGAAGAUGCCGAAGAGUUUGAAGAGGUGUUCACCGUGGAAGACUUAAUCGUAGAGGAUGAUAUUUUUGAAGAAAUAGUAGCAGAGGGAUUCAAGGCCGACAUGGACAGAGAAGCAUCGAAGCAUCGACUGUACAUCGCCGACGUCGACAGAGUGGACCAAGGAGGUACAUACCAAGGAAUCGAGAACAAGGUCAUGAUGAUCUUGUUGCUAAUUAUUUUUCCGCAAAUCUGCUAAUUAUUUUUCCGCAAAUCCUAUCUACACCGAUGACAUGUUCCGUAGGAGAUUUAGGAUGAAUAAGCCAUUGUUCCUGCGUAUCGUGCAUGCACUUAGCGAUUGGUCCCCUUAUUUCACCCAAAGAGUCGAUGCUAUUGGUAGAAAUAGUCAUUCACCACUUCAAAAGUGUACAGCGGCCAUCAGGAUGUUAGCUUAUGGAACCUCGGCUGAUCAACUUGAUGAGGUCUUGAAAAUAGCUGCAAGCACUUGUUUGGAGAUUUUGGGAAAA